CGCAAGAUGGCUGCGCCCAGAUAAUUUGGCGGUGUAACCGAGGCCUAAAUAAAAUGACUACAAAAUUGAUUAAAUAUGAACGACAAAGAAUAUGCACCACUUAGUCCUCAGUGUGUUCGAAACUUAAAUGAUAAACUGUACGAAAAAAGGAAGACAGGAGCUUUAGAAGUCGAGAGGUUAGUGAAAGAAUUUGUGAUUGCCAAUGACCCUGUCAAGAUCCGAAGGAUUCUAAAGGUUCUGGGAGAGGACUUUGCCCUGUCUAAUCACCCCAAUGCCAGGAAAGGUGGAGCCAUCGGUUUGGCAGCUACUGCGAUUGGGCUCGGAAAGGAAUCUCAGCACUACGUGAGGGAACUAGUCCAACCCGUGCUGUCCUCGUUCCAUGAUGCAGACAGUCGAGUGCGGUACUAUGCUUGUGAGGCUCUGUACAACAUUGUCAAGGUCUGCCGUGGGUUUGUGCUGCCCUACUUCAACGAGAUUUUUGUUGGAAUUAGUAAGUUGACAUCAGACACAGACCAGAAUGUGAAGAAUGGAACAGAACUAUUGGACAGGCUGAUCAAGGACAUUGUGACGGAGAGCCCGUCCUUUGACCUGAUGGCCUUCAUGCCCCUCCUGAGGGACCGCAUCUACGCCAAGAACCCCGAGGCCCGCCAGUUCAUCGUGUCCUGGAUAACUAUACUGGAUGCUGUGCCAGACAUCAACAUGGUAGUCCUUCUGCCUGAAUUCUUGGAUGGAUUAUUUAACAUCCUGGGAGAUUCAAAUCCAGAGAUAAGCAAAAUGUGUCAGAACCUCCUAACUGAAUUCCUAAAUGGUAUAAAGAAUAGCAACUCUGGGGUCAAAUAUGAAGGCAUGGCAAACAUCCUCAUCAUUCACUGCAACAGUCCAGAUGACCUCAUUCAGUACACUGCCAUGACCUGGUUAAGAGAGUUCAUAGGUCAAGCUGGUCGCACCAUGAUUCAGUACACCCCGGGCAUCAUUAAUGCUGUCCUACCCCACCUACAGGGGGCAUCAGACAAACAGAGGAAUGUCGCGGAGGCGGCCAAGUCCUUGAAUGAUGCCCUCAAAGACCUGGUGUCUGACAUUGAUGACAUUCCUACAGUGAAUGAGGUCAAAGGUCAAGGUUUUCGAGAACAAAGUGAAGAAGCCCAGAAAGGUCUCUCAAGCUCCUGUCAGCUGGACGUGGGAGAGGUGAUAUCCGUCAUCUGUCACAUCCUGGAGGGUGGGAACUUCGGGACCAAGGUCGCGGCCCUGCAGUGGCUGGGUCACAUGCUGACCAAGGUCCCCAAGCGGACCUUCCAGAACGUGGACACCUUCUUCCCUGUGCUGCUACAGACAUUGUCUGACGAGUCGGAGGAGGUUGUUUUGUUGGACCUAGAAGCCUUGGCUGAAAUUUCCUCCAAUCCAGCUGGACUCGAGACAAAGACAGCUACCCCAGCCAAUCAGGGUAAAACAAAGACCAAGGAUAUGCCUGAGGGUGCGGGCGGGGGCGGGGAAACACUCAAUGAGUACUUCUCCAAGUUUAUGGCUUUCUUACUGGAGCUGUUCAAGAAGGACAGACAACUGUUGGAGCCAGAUGAAAGAGGCUACUUUAUCAUCAGACAAUUGUGUCAGCUCCUGACGGCGGAGGACAUCUUUAAGUCGUUCUCUCAGAUCAUCGUGGACGAAGGGGACGUCGGCUUCGCCUGUAAGAUAGUCCAGACCCUGAACACCAUUCUGUUAACCUCCGCCGAGUUGUUUGAACUCAGGACUCAACUCAAGAACCUUGACACUCAGGGGAGCUGUGCUCUGUUCUGCUGUCUCUACAAGUCCUGGUGUCACAGUCCCAUAGCAACCAUCUCCCUCUGUUAUCUGACCCAGAACUAUCACCAUGCCAGCGACCUUCUACAGACCUUUGGGGAUCUAGAAAUCACAGUGGACUUUCUAAAGGAAAUAGACAAACUAGUGCAACUCAUUGAAUCUCCCAUAUUUGCAUAUUUACGCCUGCAGCUGUUGGACGUCCAACACAACCAGGACCUGAUCCGUUCCCUGUACGGCCUGUUAAUGCUGCUGCCACAGUCCGAGGCAUUCAAACUUCUCCGAUUCCGUCUGGACUGUAUACCCCAUUACCAGCUUCUAGCCAUGAAAGAAAAACCACAGUCCAGCAAAGACCCGCGGCCUCUUGUCUCCAAAAUCAACUUCAAGGAGCUUCAUCAGCACUUUCUGCAGGUCCAGGCGCGACAUCGCGAGGCUCGGAACAAAAAGAUGAUCAAGGCGGCCACGUGAGGGGGUCAUACGAGUCUGCCGACAUAUCAUCCUCACUGACCAAAGGAAGCAAUCCAUGUGUCUUUUAGAAAGAAAGGGAGGGGUGUUUUAUAUGGACUGGCAUGGUUUCUUUCCAUAUAGAGGGGUCUCUUUGAUAAGCAUUAAUAUACAGAGGGGUGCCCUUAUUAGGGAUCAAUUGCGGGAUACGCUAGUCGAAUAUAAUCAUUAAAUGAAUUUUUGAUACUGUACGUUUAGUGCUAUUUUUGCCCGUAACCAUUAAAAGAAUCACUAUUUUAAAUUUGCUUUAUACUGAGGAAUGGGGCAAAUUAAAGUAAUAUAGUGCAAAAAUGUUCUUGCUAAUUAAAUUUAAUGACAGUAAAUUAUAGUUAAUUAUAGUAAACAAUAUUAUAUAUGAGAUUUAUAUUCAUAAAAUUUACCGGCAUAAAACUACAAUUUUAUUUUAUUUUAAUGAACUUGAACUGAAUCUAAUAGUAUAUUAACUUGAACAUGUGUCAAUCUAAUAGUAUUGUGAAAUCUAAACAAACCUAAAAGUCUGAGACUGUUACGUGGAAGGAUUGUCGAGUCGGAGUUAACCCUGUGCAAUAUUUAUUUUAUGAAUGAGCAGAACAUGCUAUAUAUGUUUCACACUGUAGUGCUGUAAAGAUGUCGAUUGUAGAGUUAUAAUCACAAGACUAGCUAACUAUUGUAUCAUUAUGUAUGGAUGGAUUGUAAAGAUGUCGAUCGUAGAGUUAUAAUCACAUGACUAGCUAACUAUUGUAUCAUUAUGUAUGGAUGGAUUGUAAAGAUGUUUGUAAAUUAAAUCAUGGUCACUGAGUGACACAUAUACACAGAAGUUUCUGACCAGUCCUCAGAAAUUAUUUAGAAGCAUUAAUUUUUUAAUUUUCACCAUGUAAUUUUUAAACAAAAUUGUUUCCUGUGUCUGUAUGAAACAAUACCUUAGGCUAGCAAAUACAAAUGACAUACAAGCUUUUAUUUUAUGGUGUGAUUUUUUUUC